AUGAUCACAGUUCCUUAUUUGACAGCAUUGACAACCUAUUUCAGCUACGGAUUACUCUUCGCUUUUGGCCAAUUGCGUGAUUUCUUCAGAAGAUUUAUCGAUUGGUGGAAAGCAGGCAAUCUUCAGGGAUAUGCACCGAUCUGCUUAGGGCUUGAAGACUUUUACAUCCGUCGUCUCUAUCUUCGCAUUCAGGAUUGUUUUGGACGGCCUAUAUCGAGCCCUCCUGAUGCUUGGUUUGAUGUGGUGGAGCGUAUUUCCUAUGAUAAUAACAAGACACUGAAGCGGACUACAAAAACUAGUAGGUGCCUUAACUUGGGGUCAUACAAUUACCUUGGCUUUGCUGCAGCAGAUGAAUAUUGCACACCCCGUGUAAUUGAGUGUUUGAAGAAAUACUCCGCUAGCACCUGCAGUACUCGUGUUGAAGGAGGCACAACAGCAUUGCAUUGUGAAUUGGAGGACGUGGUGGCUAAUUUUGUUAGGAAACCAGCUGCUUUAGUUACUGGCAUGGGCUAUGUUACUAACUCUGCUAUCCUUCCUGUCUUGAUUGCAAAAGGAGGCUUGAUAAUUAGUGAUUCUCUCAACCACAAUUCUAUUGUCAAUGGUGCUCGAGGUUCAGGUGCUACCAUUCGCGUAUUCCAACAUAACACACCUUCUCAUUUGGAAAAAGUCUUGAGGGAACUCAUUGCUGAUGGACAACCUAGAACACAUAGACCCUGGAAAAAGAUCAUUGUGGUUGUAGAGGGGAUUUACAGCAUGGAAGGGGAACUUUGCGAACUUCCUGAGAUUGUUUCCAUAUGCAAAAAAUAUAAGGCAUACGUCUAUUUGGAUGAAGCUCACAGUAUUGGUGCAAUUGGGAAAACAGGAAGAGGUGUCUGCGAGCUUUUAGGCGUGGAUACCGCUGAUGUAGAUGUGAUGAUGGGAACUUUCACAAAAUCAUUUGGAUCAUGCGGUGGUUAUAUAGCAGGAUCCAAGGAACUAAUUCAAUAUUUGAAGUACACUUGCCCUGCACAUAUAUAUGCCACGUCAAUCUCACCUCCUUCUGCUGAGCAAAUUUUAUCUGCCAUAAAGGUUAUUCUUGGAGAGGAUGGCUCUAAUAGAGGGGCUCAAAAGCUCGCCCAAAUUCGGGAAAACAGCAACUAUUUUAGGUCCGAGCUGCAGAAAAUGGGGUUUGAGGUUCUAGGGGAUAACGAUUCGCCUGUAAUGCCUAUAAUGCUUUAUAAUCCUGCAAAAAUUCCGGCCUUUUCAAGGGAGUGCCUAAAGCAGAAGGUAGCGGUUGUGACGGUUGCUUUUCCAGCCACCCCUCUAUUAUUAGCUCGAGCACGUAUAUGUAUUUCUGCUGCUCAUUCAAGGGAGGAUAUGGUGAAAGCCUUAACGGUUAUUAGUAAUGUUGGUGACCUAGUGGGCAUAAAAUACUUUCCAGCCGAGUCGAAAAUGCCGCAAGUAGAGGAAGCUAGAGCCAAAGUCGAGUAG